AUGAGGAGGGCGCUUCGGUGCUGCGGGGGGGAAGCCAGGCAGCCGGGGAGCGCGGGCUCCCCGCGGAGCCUCGCCCGCUACAAAGCCAUCACCAAGUGGCACAGGGCGGCCAGCGCGGGCGACGCGGCCCGAGUGCGGAGGCUGCUGGUCCGGGGGAAGGCGGACGUGAACGCCGCGGACAGGCAUGGCCGGACGGCUCUGCAUUUUGCCUGUGCCUAUGGCCACCCAAAAGUGGUGACUCUCCUAAUGAGAACGGAUUGUUACAUCGAUGCUGUUGAUAGUGACUGCAACACAGCUCUGAUGAAGGCUACCCAGUGCCAACAAGAGGACUGUAUUUGUAUUCUCCUGGAACAUGGUGCUGACCCAAACAGGAAAGAUGCUUGUGGCAAAACUGCCCUCCAGCACGCCGUUUCUAUGGGGAACAUAAGGAUAGCUGCUAAACUGGUGGCAUUUGGGGCCCACGUGGACAACAUUAGAAAGGAUAUCCUCUUAGAAAUUAUGAAUGCUGCCAAGGCAGAUGAGCAGAGCAUGAGCGACACAUCAUUAAAGAAUGAAGAAAAUGAAGGCGAAGUUGAUGACAUGGAAAAGAAAUGUCAAGAACAAGAGGAAAGCAACAAAGAAGAAGCUAGUGCAAAUGUUCCAGAAGAAGACCAAGGGAACCAGAAACUCAACAUGAAAACACAACUUGAAACAGAUAUGAAGCCACCUGAUAUGGAAUUGAAUGUUUCAAAGGAUGAAGCCUUGGCAAUUACCACUCCUGAAAAGGAAUGUGAACACCAGAAGACAGAAACAACAUUAAAGAAUGAAGAUAAUGAAGGCAAAGAUGAUGAGAUGGAAAAGAAAUGCCAAGAACAAGAGGAAAGCAACAAAGAAGAAGCUACUGCAUCUCAUGUGAAUGUUCCAGAAGAAGAGCAUGCUAACAAACUCCACGUGAAAACACAACUUGAAGCAAAUAUGAAGCCACCUGAUAUGGAACUGAAUGUUUCAAAGAUAAACUUGAGUGAGGAUGAAAAUGUGCACAUUCAAUCCUCCAAACGUGAACAGCUGGAAAAGGAAAUGCGUGUCCUCACAGAGGAGUUACAGCUCAUGAGAAGCAAAUAUGAGUCACAGACAGAAGAAAUUGCAAAGCUGACUCAUAAACUAUACAGCAUAAAACUUCAGACCAAGAAAUACAAAGAAAUCUGUAAGGUAGAACAGUACAAAAUCUUUGUGACCCCUUACAUGUACUGUUUAUGUUACAAAAGUCUAUUAAUACAGCACUUUAUUUCACUUCUUUUUGAUGGAAUGUUUUAA